AAUUUUGGAAACAUUUCAAGUAGAAUGUUCAUAUUUUUCCAUUUUGGUGCCUAUGUCUGCAUACAUACUAGGUAGCAUCCAUGGGCGGAGGGUAGGGAAAAUCCGGGAAACGCAAACGAGCGAGCAUAUAAAGCGGGUAAACCAAACGGGGGCGAUGUGAAGUAGGUAAAAGCUGAGUGGACAAAGGGGGAAAAACGAGACAUCAAAGGCAAACAAUUUACUCAGGCAGGCAAACGAAGUAACGUAAUGGUAAGUACAUAUAUAAGAGAGUGUGGUUUGGGGUAACAUUUAUAAGUCUUUGCUAAUAAUUCGUCGACGAAACAAGUGUAUAUUUAAAAAUGGAAAACCUAGUAAAUUUUAACGCGGAUACAAAUAUUUCAAUCUGUUUACUGUGCAAAAAAUCACUAAAAGGAAAAAGUGUUUAUAAUAUUAAAAGGCAUUAUGCAACUAUGCAUAAAGGAGUUGCUGUCAGCGAGAAUACAAAUUCCCGCUCGAGUAGAGGGGCAAAAAAAGUCGCAGAAAUAAACAUCGACAAAAAUGAAUUUUUGAAUGCAUGUGUAGGGAUGGUAACAGUGAAAAGUAUCCCAUUUCGUAUCUUUGACGACGAAAAGUACUUUAAGAAACUCAUACACCCUUACGAAAAAAUGUUCGACCUUAAAAUAAAUUCUAAAAAUAUUGUGGACAAAAUUGGGUUUGCGGCAGGACAAACAAAAAGUAUUAUAGCUGAAAAUUUAAAAAAGAGGCUUAUUUGCCUUAAAAUGGAUGUGGCGACAAGACAAAAUCGCCAUAUAUUAGGCAUUAAUGCGCAAUACAUCGAUGGAUAUAAAAUAAUUAUUCAUACUUUGGGAAUGGUGGAAUUAAGAAGCAGACACACCGGAGAAAACUUAAAGCAAGAAAUCCUUAAUUGCUUGGACCAAUUUAAAAUCGAAAUUCGCCAGAUUUAUUCCAGCACCACUGAUAAUGGAGCCAAUGUAAUAAAAACAUCGAAGUUGCUUCAAAUAUCCCAAGGUCAAGUUCAGAACAAUCCAAAUGAUGACUCCGAUUCCAAUGACGUAGAUGAUGAUGGGUAUGAUGAAGUGCACAAUACCCUCAAAUCAACUAUGGAUGUGGUUAGAUGUGCAGCACACACCCUCCAGUUAGCAGCAUACGAUGUCAUUAAAACAAUGCAAACUAACAUUGAAAGCUGUAGAAAAGCCGUUAAAUCUCUCAGAUGCAUUCUCCGCGGUACGAGCAACGUGCCGAUAUUGGAUAAUGCAACACGUUGGAACUCAACAUAUAUGAUGCUUAAUUCCUUACUUAACGUAAAGAGCUAUAUUGAGGAAAAUGACACAAAUAUGCCAGAUGUUGACUGGGGCUUUGUCAACGCAUUUUUACAGACAUUCAAACCACUUGUGGAUUGUACUACUAAAUUGCAAGCAGAACAGUAUGUUAUUGGGGAUUUUUAUAGAGACUGGCUAACUUGCGAACUGGAACUACAGGAACUAAUUUCAAGCCAAUACGAUUACGCUUCGACUUUACUAAGAACGGUAAAACAGAGGAAAGCCGUGCUUUUGCAAAAUGAAGCAUUUUUAUCAGCGAUUUAUGUCGACCCUAGGUUCAAUUUUUUACAUUCGCCAUAUUUGAACCAAACUCAAAAAUACAAAGCAGUGGAACACCUUCUUAAUACAUUCGAAGCUAUUCAAGAAUUAGCUGGAAAUCCACCCAACAACGAUGAAGCGGGUGAAAUUGAAGCACCAGCAACAAUAUUUGAUAAUUAA